AUGAAAAGAAAGGAGAGAGAGAGUUCGAGCUUAAACCUUUCAAAUUCCGGAGGCGAGGAGGUUCAUCAAAUGAGUUCCGUGACAAGGCUAAUUCGGAGCUCUCCUCCACACCUUUCUUCUCCGCAACAAAAAGACAAAAGCGAAAACCCAGAAUCGCAUAUUCUUUCUUCCAUUUCGUGUUUCUCGAUCAUAGACGUUGAGGGAAAUACCAAUUUCCAUAUCUUCCUGGGAGGUGAUCGAUCGAUUUUGCGCCAAAAACAGCCGCCGAGAGGUGUGUUUUGUGAUUCUGUUGUUUCGAUGGCGGGAUUAGAGAAAAACGCGAAAUCGGCGACGCCGUCGAACUUUUUCAACAGGUCGCUCACAAUUCACGGGAGGACAGUGGCGGAUUCGAGUCCCAAAUCCCACAACCUAAAUCCUUCCCUGAAUCGUACGACCUCCGUCACCAAAUACUACAACCCCGCGGAAACAGUGGGAAGCUCUCUCAAAGGCAAAGUUAAGAAUCUCUGCAGAUUAUUCGAAGGCUCCAAAUCGCCGAAAGCAACCCCACCUGAUAUUCCUCAGAAGCCGAAAUCAGGGAAAUCGCUGUUACCGGAAUCGCGGAUAUCGCCGUUUCUGAGCUUGAACAACUCGGUGAUUCGUCUUCCAGGGACAGAGGACAGAAUCGUGGUGUAUUUCACUAGUUUGAGAGGGAUUAGACGGACGUACGAGGAUUGUUAUGCGGUGAGGAUGAUAUUUAGAGGGUUUCGGGUUUGGAUUGAUGAGAGAGACGUCUCCAUGGAUUCAGCGUACAGGAAGGAGCUGAUGAUUGCAAUGGGGGAGAAGAGUGUGUCUUUGCCUCAGAUUUUCAUCAUGGGGAAGCAUGUGGGUGGUGCUGAUGUGAUCAAGAGCUUGUUCGAGAUCGGCGAGCUCGCUAAGAUCUUGAAACAGUUUCCGGUGAGAGAGCCGGGGUUUGUGUGCAGUUGUUGUGGGGACGUCAGGUUUAUUCCGUGUUCGAAUUGUAGUGGGAGCAAGAAACUGUUUGAUGAGGAUGAAGAUAGGCUCAAGAGAUGCCCGGAUUGCAAUGAGAAUGGAUUGAUACGUUGUCCACAUUGCUCUUCUUGA